AUGUUACGUGAGACAGCGGCUUUUCUGUUGACGGUGAGCCUCGCGUACUGUGCCUUCUACGACACGUACUCAGGAGAGCUCAUAAGCGAUCGGAGAGCGGCCGCGUUGGGCGAACGAGGAUUAGUGCCAUGGUGUGCUAUUGAAGUGGACGCUUGUAAUCCACACGAAGGACGGCGGACGGAUGCUUCCUGCAACAAUUUGAGGCGGCCUUCGAGGGGAGCGUCGCUGACUCCCUACUACAGGAUGCUGCCCGCACAAUACGGUGCUGAGGGUAGACCAAGGGUGGCCAAGUCAGGUCGGCCCCUCCCCGACGUCAGGACUCUCAGGGUUUCCAUAAUGUCUGACGGUAGAGUCGCACAUCCUCAUUUGACGCAAAUGGUGACCAACUACAACGUUUUCAUCGCCGGAGACGUGACUUCAGUUCACGACACAGUGAACUAUGUGGCUGUCACGACAGCUUGCUGCUCACCAGGUGGAGAGGCAGACCCGAGAUGCCUACCGAUCAGAGUGCCCGAUGAUGAUGUGCAUCUUCGUAGAAGCAACGUGAGAUGUCUGAAUUUGACACGUGCCAUCACGUAUCAGCGUCUGGGCUGUGUAUCCAAUAAUGUGCCUGGAGAACGGAUCAACACAGCAACGCCCAUGCUCGAUCUCUCGAUCGUGUACGGCAACAACGCUAUGGCUGCAGCCCGAGGAAGGCAGUACGAGGGUGGUAGACUCCGUGCUGACAUAUUGAAAGGCAAGGACUGGCCACCUUCAGGGUCGGCAUUCUGCAUCAACAACGAAGCCAAUGAGACAAGAUGCCACGACGCUCCGACGAACGGCGCCAAUUCGCUUUUGGGCAUCAACAUGUUGUUCCUCUGGCUGUACCGGAACCACAAUUCUAUAGCCAGACGGCUUCAGACCCUGAACCGAUGCUGGGACGACGAUAGAAUCUUCUUCACCGCUAAAGAAAUCAACAUAGCCAUGUAUUUGCAAAUCCUGUACUAUGAACUCAUGCCUGUAGUUUUAGGAAAAGAAUUUCUACUGAACAACAAAGUUAUCUUUGACGUUUUGGGUCACGUCAAUGACUAUGACGAUCGUCUAAUGCCCACUGUCAGUCUGGAGUACAUUAUUGGAACUAGAUGGUUCCACACUAUACAGGAAGGGAGGCUGAGAUUGUACACAAAAGAAGGGAAGAUAUACGAUGAACAGCCAAUAGUCGAUUUGACUCUUCGGACUGGUGCAUUACCCAUUAAUAAUACCUUGGAGGGCGUAACCCAGGGGGCCUUCAGACAGCCGUGUGCCGACACCGAUAAUCUGGUAGAUCCUGAUAUUGGAGAAAGGAUAUUAGGAAGGUUGCAGUUUGCGUCAGACGUGGUGUCCAGUGACAUCAUGAAAGGCAGAGACCUAGGUUUACCGCCCUACAACGAUUAUCGUCGGCUGUGCGGUCUGCCAGUCGCGAAGAAGUUUAAAGAUUUGCUACGUUGGAUGAGAAGUGAGCAAGUUGAAGCGAUGUCGCUUCAGUAUGAGAGCACAGAGGACAUUGACCUAAUGGCUGGUAUAAUAGCGGAGUGGCCAGCUAAAGACGCGGUAGUUGGACCGACGCUGCGCUGUAUCAUGGCAACACAGAUGAAAAGAUGGCGGCGCGCCGACAGGUUCUGGUAUGAGAACGACAUACAUCCGGGUGCUUUAACCCAAGAUCAAUUGGUGGAAAUAAGGAAAAUAUCUAUGGCCAAAAUUAUGUGCGACCACGGGGAUCAAGUUGAAGAUAUACAACCGAAUGUGUUCAUCUUACCUGGAUACGGGAAUGAAUUAACGAAAUGCUCAUCGCUGCCGACUCUCGACUGGCAGCUCUGGAAGGAUCAAUCGUGCGAUAAAACAUACAAGAAACAGGACUCGGAUUUAGACGAAUACGGAAACGUAUACAUUUACUGACGUCAUUGAAUCAACAGAAUAUACUUUCAAUUCAAAUCUUCGUUAGCUGGCCACUAAUCAAACUUAUUUGCAGUGAAUUCCCCGAAAUUUUGCACUAGAACGAUAAUUAAUUCAAUUUCAUUCAAUAAAAUAAACGUUUUCAAAU